UCGGGGGACUUCCCGGAGCCACGGAGCCCGUGUCGCGCGGCCGAUAGGCCCACGGAGCCCAUGGACCUGAGCGCCGCCGCCGCGCUGUGUCUCUGGCUGCUGAGCGCCUGCCGUCCCCGCGACGGGCUGGAGGCUGCAGCGGUGCUCCGAGCGGCGGGUGCAGGACCAGCCUGGAGCUCCCGGGGCGGCGGCGGCGGACGGACCCUCGUCCCGGCUCGGAGGAACGGCUCGGUGGUGCCACACCAUUUCAUGAUGUCGCUUUACCGGACCCUGGCUGGGAGGGCUCCAGCCAUGGCAGCAUCGGGGCAUGGCCGCGCGGACACGAUCACCGGCUUCAUAGACCACGCAACUCAAGAGGAAUUGGCGACCGAGCCCGGCCAGAGCUUUCUCUUCGAUUUAUCCAGCCUCCCCGACGCGGACGAGGUAGUAAGUGCUGAGCUGCGCGUGUUGCGUCGGAGAUCUCCGGAGCCAGACCAGGACAGUGCGACCCUCCCUCCGCUGUUGCAGCUAUCCUCGUGCCCCGACGUGACCAAAACAUCCCACCUACUGCACUCGCGGACUGCCGAACCCCUAGAAGUUGCGCGCUGGGAAGAGUUCGAUGUGACGGACGCGGUGCAGAGCCUCCGUCGCGAGCCGCGCGCCUCUCGCAAGUUCUGCCUGGUGUUGCGCGCAGUGGCUGGCACCGGGAGCAGCCCGCUGGCCUUACGACGACUGGGCUUUGGCUGGUCCGGCGGUAGUACCGGCGAUGGCACUGCUGCGGAGGAGCGCGCGCUGUUGGUGAUCUCCUCCCGUACACAGAGGAAAGAGAGUCUCUUCCGGGAGAUCCGCGCCCAAGCCCGCGCGCUCCGGGCAGCCGCAGAGCCGCCACCGGAUCCAGGACCAGGCGCUGGGUCUCGGAAAGCAACCCCAAACGGACGUAGGCGAAGGCGGACGGCGCUGGCGGGGACGCGGGUAGCACAGGGCAGCGGCGAAGGUGGCGGCAAGGGCCAUGGACGCAGGGGCCGGAGCCGGUGCAGCCGCAAGCCUCUGCACGUGGACUUUAAGGAGCUGGGCUGGGACGACUGGAUCAUCGCUCCUUUAGACUACGAGGCGUAUCACUGCGAGGGCGUUUGUGACUUUCCUUUGCGCUCGCACCUGGAACCCACCAACCACGCCAUCAUUCAGACUUUGCUCAACUCCAUGGCACCCGACGCGGCGCCAGCCUCCUGCUGCGUGCCCGCACGCCUCAGCCCCAUUAGUAUCCUCUACAUCGAUGCCGCCAAUAACGUGGUCUACAAGCAGUACGAGGACAUGGUGGUGGAGGCCUGCGGCUGCAGGUAGCAUGCGGUCUGGGGAGGGCCUUGCCGCCCUGGACCCCAGCUGAAAAACAGCCUCAGCCUGUCCUGUCACCAGGGUGGAGGGACGGUGGAAUAUGGCCUCCCGCCUGCACAGAGGAGAUCACACAGUUCACACUCAUAUUUACACACUCCUUCACUCAUGCACACAUUUACCGUGGACAGGAGGCGCGGAAAGCCUUGUGCAGAUGCGGCCCCUGGAUGUUAUAGCCAUGUUUAUUUGCUAACAUAGGUACAAAACGCUGUCUCUUUAAGGAGAAGGGUGUCUGUGUUUAGAAAAGUGUUAGCAUUGGAUACUCCUUUUAGUUGGAGGUGGUGUGGCACCGCGGGGUGACUGAAUUCCUGGCACUCCCACUGCAGGGCUGUGGUACCCAGAUUCUCCGGAAGUAUGCACUGGGAAUCUACAAAUAGUAAGGAACCACUGGGGGGUGGGGAGCGAAUAAACCCAUCCUCUACACAAGCCCGAUUGUGAUGCUAUCUCAGUUUUGAAAAGGAAGCUUUAUCCAAAAGAAUAUAUUGUGCUACAAAUGUCAAUACCAGCUUAAAAAAAUCAAUUUCAGUUAGGAAUGAUCUGACUUAAAAUAAUCGAUUCCAAUUAGGAACGAUCUGGGAAGUAGAAUAUUUUUCUCUUGGCUGUGUGUGAAAUGGAGGCAAGGCGUGCAGAACAGGGUAGGAUCUGCCGGGUUUAGAAGCACCUAGAGG